AUGCAGGGUACGCCACUGGAAUUUAGUAAGAGAAUAAGAAUGUUUAAAUCACAGCAAACGGUCAAAAUUUUUCACGCUGAUCCUUCAAUUGAAAUAAGAUCUUUCAUUCGUAGGUUGAAAUAUCCGGACGAAGAAUUAUGGGAAAAGGAUUGGAAUCAACUAUCGGGCGGCGAGAUGCAACGUAUUUCACUAGCUAUUGCCUUGUCGUGCAAACCCGAAAUAUUACUUCUUGAUGAGCCAACAUCAGCAUUGGACCCAGUGACCUGCCUCAUGGUCGAAAAGACUCUCAGGGAACAUGCUUGCAUUUGGGUGACGCACGAUCCCGAUCAAGAGAAACGCGUUUCAACUCAUAGACUCGUGUUAAACGCAAACUCGGAAAGAAAUGGACAAGCGCUAGUUCAUAUUUGA